GGCUGCCAGCCGCGCUGUGCCGGCCGUCCGACAUGGUGGACUACUACGAGGUGCUGGGCGUGUCCCGCCAGGCCUCGUCCGAGGCCAUCAAGAAGGCGUACCGCAAGCUGGCGCUCAAGUGGCACCCCGACAAAAACCCCGAGAACAAGGAGGAAGCGGAGAGGAGAUUCAAACAAGUGGCCCAGGCGUACGAGGUGUUGUCAGACGCCAAGAAAAGGGAGGUCUACGACCGAUACGGCGAGGCGGGGGUAGAGGAGGGCGGCGGCGGCGGCGCCGGCGGGCCCUUCGAGGACCCCUUCGAGUACGUCUUCACCUUCCGCGACCCGGCCGAGGUCUUCAGGGAGUUCUUCGGCGGCCAGGACCCAUUUUCGUUUGACUUCUUCGGAGACCCGCUUGAGAACAUUUUUGGGGGUCGGAGGACCUCCCGGGGAAGCAGAAGCAGAGGGUCCGCAAACCUUUUCUCCACCUUCAGUCAAUUUCCAGCAUUCGGGGGUGGCUUUUCUUCUUCCGAUACGGGAUUUCCUUCCUUUGGUUCCCUGGGGAAUGGAGGCCUUUCUUCCUUCUCCAUGUCCUGUGGUAGUGGUGGGACGGGCAACUUCAAAUCCAUGUCGACUUCCACUGAAAUAGUGAAUGGCAAAAAAAUCACCACCAAGAGAAUCGUUGAGAAUGGCCAGGAAAGGGUGGAAGUGGAAGAAGAUGGCGAGUUAAAGUCCCUGAUGAUAAAUGGCAAAGAGCAGUUGCUGCACAUUGACACCAAGUAAUUCCAGUCCACAUUCAACUUAAAGCACGUUGUGAGGAAUAGCAGGACUUGUUCUUAUUUGGAGAUUGCAAGUGACCUCUACUUUCAGACAGCCGUACUCAUAAUUCAUAAACAGUUCAUGCCAACGCCUAUUUGUUGUUAUUGUUGGGACCAGAACAAUAGGACCUCUGUCUGCCUUUAA